AUGAUCAACGAACAUAGUUCGGCACAAUCGAAUAAUCCAACAUCGACUAAUAUGCAGUAUGGAUAUCCAACAAGUCGUUUUAACUUGAUGAAUAUAUCACCAAUGCAGAAUCCAAACGAUCUGUAUUCAUACUAUCCUCCAAGUCUCUAUCAACCAUUUGGCACGUUUGAUGAACAUAAUCAAUGGACAUCGACUGAUACAUCAGCUGGUAUUUCAGCAGCAGCACCACCUGGUCCGUUACAAUAUCAUCCUCAAAUGUAUCCAACAUCUGGCCUUGAUAUGCCACAUAAUCCAUUUGAUUAUCCACCAGUUCAUGCAUAUCCUCAUUAUCAUCCUGGCUUUACGCCAUCAACAUUUCCAGGAGCACCAGCAACUGGCACAGCAGCCUUUGAUAUGCCAUGGAAGUCUCAUAAUCUAUCGAUGCAAGUUGGAGUACAGCAACAACAACAAAUUCAACCUAUUGGAGGUCAAAUAUCAAAUAAAAAGCCGUCAGUUUAUGAUGAAUAUCCAUCAACUAGUGGUGAUGUUGGUGAUAUGCUUACUCAACAUAUGAAUUCAAUUAAUCUUAGUGAUAAUAAUAAUCGCAUGAGAAAUUAUGACAAUGGUAGAAAUGAUCAUAUACAAAAUUUUAGUGUAUUAUCAUCAAAAGAACAGCAAAAUUAUCAAACAAGUAGUAGUAAUCAUUCGGUAGCACGUCCAUCUUCUUCGUCUGGUCCAAAAUCUUAUGCGUCCGUUGUUUCAUCUGAUAAUAUUAAUCUACCUAGUAAUAAAUCGACUGCGUCUAUUUCGAAUACGACUAUACAUUCAACAAAUGAACGUACAUCAAAUAUUUCUAAUGACACUUCACAUACACGUUCGAAUACUCAACAAUAUCGUAAUAAUACAACAGGAUAUAAUCCUCGUCAUCAACAACAACAAUCAUCUGGUAAUAAUGGAAAUUUUCUUAAUUGGACAAAUAAUAAUUCGGAUCAUUCAUCUAAUAAUAAUAAUAAUAAUGCUAAACGCCAAAAUUAUUCAUCAUCACGUACAGUUAAUAGUAACUCAGAGAGUCUUGAAACUUCAAAAACUAAUCAAUACAAUCCAAAAGAUUUUAAUUUAAAUCCAAAAGGAGCUCGAUUCUUUGUCAUAAAAUCUUAUUCCGAAGAUGAUGUACAUCGAUCAAUCAAAUAUAAUAUUUGGUGUUCAACUGAACAUGGAAAUAAACGUUUAGAUAAUGCAUUUCGCGAACGUGAAGGAAAAGGUCCUAUUUACUUAUUCUAUUCUGUUAAUGCAUCUGGACAUUUUUGCGGUAUGGCUGAAAUGAUGUCACCUAUUGAUUAUGAAAAUCAAACAGAUGUUUGGCAUAUGUCAAAUAAAUGGCAAGGCAAAUUUGAAGUUAAAUGGAUCUAUGUUAAGGAUGUACCAAACCAACAAUUUCGUAAUAUACGUUUAGAAAACAAUGAGAAUAAACCGGUGACUAAUUCUCGAGAUACACAAGAAAUACCAUACGAAAAAGGAAAAUUAAUGUUAAAAACAUUACAUAUGUAUCGUCAUAAAACAUCAAUAUUUGAUGAUUUUCAAUAUUAUGAAUCAAAACAAGCCGAAGAAGUAACAACAAAACAAUAUCCAAAUGAUGAUUUCAAUCAUAGCAACACACACCCAAAUAGAACAUCAGCAAAGGCUCAAUUGGAACACCCAAACGAUGAGCAAGAUCAUGAAGAAUAA